AUAAAAUAAAAAUAAUUAAAAAAGUACAAAAAAAAAAUGUCUUCAAUCAUCAGCAUCACAAUAAUCGCCGCAGCCCUCCUUGCGAUGAUGUCGCUCCCAGCAGAGGCUCGCAUGCUCCCAACGCGCUCAAACGAAGAUCAAUUAGACAAAUUAAGGGAGUUGUUGAGAGAUAUCCUCGAAACUGACGACUCGCAUCCAAAAAUAUCGAAUUCGUUAGUGGAGAAACGCAGCGGCUACGACCGUGACUUGGAUUUCCUGUACAAAGAUUAUCCGCCGCACGCUCUGAAUGACUUGCGAUACUUGUCCUACUACAAAAAGGGACUCCCAUUGCGACUUUAUGGCUUGAUGAAGAACGGCGACGACUAAAAUCGCCCAGCAACGAUGAAUUUUUGUACAUAAAUUUUGCGUGCGCGACAAAUACGUGGUUUCAGUGCCCUUAAAAAAAAGUAAAAGAGCAGCUUUCAGAUACAAUAACAAAAAAAAAUUUAUCACUUUUCCCACUUCUUCUAACUUUCUCGCGAAAAUGAAGAGAAUGCUGACCAAAAUUUGUAAAUAUUUCGAAUUUCUUAAAAUUAAGGCUGGAGUUGGCAUUUUCUUCAUUUCCACAAAAAAAUGAACUUUUAACCUCUAAAUAUUUCUUUAUCGAGUGUUUAA